UUCAGUGACGCCUAGAGGCCGGUGACGUAGACCUCUGGAACUGGUGCACGGAAGGAGCAACAGUACAGGGGGAAUCUGUGACAACAUGCUCACAUGUUGCUUUACAUGUUGUCACAUUAACUUCCCAUAAGAUUACGUGAUCACAUGAAAACGUGUUUUCGGAACACUUUACGUGAUCAUGUGAAAUUAAUGUGGUUUUUCCGUAAGGGAAAUGUCAGCGCAUAGGUUGAACCAAGCGGGAAGCAAGGAUAUACGAUCUAUUAAGGUCAAGCUGGGAGUCCACAAUGUGCAGCAGGAGCAAGGUCAGGAAAGGCUUGUGAAACAGGCGUUUCUGCAUCCAAAUUAUGAUGAAGAAUAUAAUAAUGAUAUCAUGCUACUCAAGCUGGAGGAGAUUGCAGUUUUCACCGACCAUGUGAGACCCAUUGGCCUCCCGCUGACAAAAGAUGAGGAGGUGCCCAAGGACUGUCUGGUGUCAGGCUGGGGACACACUAUCAGGAAUGUAAAGCAAGGCUCCCCUGUGCUUCAGGACCUCAAUGUGACACUGGAUGAGAAUCAACUUUGCUCUGACAACCAUCAGGUCUGCUCAUCAGGACUAAAUGGACCUGCUCAGGGAGACUCUGGUGAUCCAUUAGUCUGUAAUGGUGUGGCUUAUGGGGUGGUGUCUACCAAGACUAGAAACAACACCUACAUCUACAUGCACAUCCCUGACUUCCUGGACUAGAUCAAUGACACCAUGAAGAAUUGAUAUGUCACUGACCAGAAACAUUUUGUUAAUUUGGUCAACCAGGUGCCUAGAACAUGACUGUGAUACUGUGAAGAAUCCUAAUGUGCUUAUCCUGCUUUCUGAUUGAUUUACCAGUGCUGGUUAAUGUCUUUGCCCAGAGCCGCCUCUUCCUAAUACUUUUUGUUUUCUUUCCCAGUGGAGUUCUCAACUUACUGAUGAGAGUUUGAAAAGUAGAAUACACAAGGUGCCAUUUCGAAAUUUGGUUGUGCAUCAGCAGUAAAAAAAAAAUCUCAGUCACUGACAGUCAUUCAAUUAACCCAUGCUAGCUAAACAAUUUGUAUUGCUAGGUAAGGUAGUCUAGCCAGCUAUCUAAACCUUGUAGAUGGCCUAAUCAUCACCAAAUUACCGAUCGGGCAUGCACCCAGGGGCCCUGACCUCUAGGGGCCCCCAUUGAUUUGUUAGUCACUCUCACACAGAUAUCACAUUUUUGAAUUUGUAUUUAUUAGGGAUCCCCAUUAGCUGUUGCCAAGGCAGCAGCUACUCUUCCUGGGGUCCAAACACAUUAAGGCACUUACAUCACACAAAACAAAAGAUAAAACAGUACUUCAUGUAACAUUAUUACACCACUACAUAUCUACAAUAUAAAAUGUAUAAUACCACCAUACAACAAUAUUACAACGUACAUGUGUGUAGAGUGCAUGUGCUAGUGCUAGUGUUUGUGUGUGUAUGCGUGUCUGUACCUGUGUAUCUCUUCACAAUACCUGCUGUUCCAAAAGGUGUAUUUUCCUCUUUAAAAGAAAAAUCUGAUUCUACUGCUUGCAUCAUUUACCUGAUGUGGAAUAGAGUUCCAUGUAGUCAUGGCUCUAUGUAGUACUGUGCGCCUCCCAUAGUUUGUUCUGUACUUUGAGACUGUGAAGAGACCUCAGGUGACAUGUCUUGUGGGGUAAGCAUGUGUGUCAGAGCUGUGUGCUAGUAGUUUAAACAGACAGCUCGGUGCAUUCAGCUUGUCAACACUUCUUACAAAAACAAGUAGUGAUGAAGUCAAUCUCUCCUCCACUUUGAUCCAUGAGAGAUUGAUAUGCAUAUGAUUCAUUCAUGUUAGCUCUCCGUGUACAUUUAAAGGCCAGCCGUGCUGCCCUAAUUGCAAUUUUCUUAAUUUUUCUUAAGGUCCAGGUGCGACAAAACUAGGGCCAGUAGGACCUGUGUUGUUAAGAAGGCAGAGCAGUGCUUUAUUAUGGACAGACUUCUCCCCAUUUUAGCCACAUGCUGUAUUAACAUGUUUUGACCAUGACAGUUUUACAAUCCAGGGUUACUCCAAGCAGUUAAGUCUCCUCAACUUGCUCAAUUUUCACAUUAUUCAUUACAAUAUUUUGUUCAAUGAUUUGUCCCAAAUACAAUACUUUUCAUUUUUGAAAUAUUUAGAAUUAACUUGUACCUUGCUACCAAUUCUGAUAUUAACCGCAGCUCUUUGUUUAGUGUUUUUAUAUCAGACAUUAAUAAUAAAUGAGACAUAAAACAUGUAGAAUUGCAGGAAAUUAGCCUUAUAUGCCCCUACAUGCACUAACAAUUGAAUCCUCUGAAUUUCCAUCUGUCAAACAAUGCUUUCAAAUCCUGUUCUGUGCUGCAGCAGUUUUAAAUCUUCAAUUAUUUACUGUGGGAUUAAACAGUAGAGUAGGGUGAUGUUAUUGGACACAUUUAUUUUGUGAAUAUCCAAGCAAACGGAUAAGAUGCGCUUUUAUCAAGCUGGCCCUUCACCAGUAAGGCAACAAUCAUAUAUCUGGUAAAAGGUUCAUUUCAUUGAGCAAUAAAUUGAAAAUAUAUAGUAAAAUACAUUGAACACACCAAAGAUCUUUGAGACAAGACUGCCCCCUUGUGCACAUCUGGAUAACAUACUGUCCAUGUAAAAUACAUUAAAACAGUCUGGAAUGG